UGCAAACAUUUAAAACAAACAUACACUGCAGAUAAACCAGACCAAAGUCUGUGUAACCCUUUCCCAAAUACCAACGUUUCUGGUUCUGGAUGCAUUUUGUUCAGCAACCGCUUUUGGAAAAUCACCUAAAUUUUGCUGGAUAGAUUCUGGUCUGUGCAAACAUGACCGUUUUAAAUGAAUCAAAUGAUGUUAUAAAGCCAAUGAUUGGCUCAAACGUUAAUGAAGAGACAGAGAAAGCUGUUGUGAAAACGAAAUCAUUGCUACCAAUUAACCUGAAGAUGUUUAUUGCAGCUUUAUCAUUGUCUUACUUUGCAAAAUCACUUUCUGGAAGCUACAUGAAAAGCACCAUUACACAGAUUGAAAGGAGGUUCGAUAUCUCAACAUCUGUAGUUGGAACCAUUGAUAGCUGCUUUGAAGUUGGAAAUUUACUAAUAAUUGCAUUUGUGAGCUAUUUUGGUGCCAGACUGCACAGACCCAAGGGGAUUGCAGCAGGGAGUUUCGUGAUGGCAGCUGGAUGCUUCAUUAUGGCAAUGCCGCACUUUCUGAUGGGACACUAUAAAUAUGAAACAGCAAAAGUUGCAAGAGUAUUUAAUGAAUCAUCAGGCAUUGCCAUGUGUACACCUGAGCAAUCCCAGGUUUCCAUUUCAGAAUCCAUAGACAGCAUGGCGGGAAUUCAAAGAUCAGAAUGUGAAAAGCAUGGUGGAUCUCUCAUGUGGGUAGUUGUGUUAAUUGGAAACCUGUUGCGUGGAAUAGGAGAAACACCUAUCAUACCUCUAGGAUUAUCGUAUAUUGAUGAUUUUGCUAAAGAAGAAAAUUCUGCAUUUUAUGUUGGUAUUGUACAGACUGUCUCUGUUAUCGGCCCACUAGCUGGCUAUAUGUUGGGCUCUCUCUGUGCCAAACUAUAUGUUGAUAUUGGAUAUGUGAAUCUAGACGACCUAUCUAUUGGGCUUCAGGAUAUUCGCUGGGUAGGUGCAUGGUGGCUUGGUUUUUUGGUAGUUGGUGCCGUGCAUUUCUUCACAGCUAUUCCAUUCUUAUUCUUACCUAAAUCUUUACCAAAGGAAGGAGAAGGAAGCCAAGACAUUGUCAGAAAAUCUGAAGCAUCAACAUCUGUUUGUGAGUUAAAUCCAGAUGUAAAUAUCAUGCCAGCAGAACAUGAGGCAACAAUAUCUGAGAUUAUCAAAGAUUUCCUUCCAUCCUUAAAGAGACUUAUGGGCAAUAGUCUUUAUGUUCUUUAUCUUGUUAUCACUGUUUUAAAGUUCAAUGCCUUUGUUGGAAUGAUAACAUACAUGCCAAAGUACAUGGAACAGCAAUAUGGAGGAUCUGUUUCAAAAGUGAAUUUCUUAAUUGGAAUAUUUAAUUUACCAAUCUUGGCAAUAGGAAUUUUCCUUGGUGGCCUGAUCAUGAAAUAUUUUAAGCCAAACUUGGCUACUGCUGCAAUAUUAGGAUUUUUGACUUCCCUUGUGGACUAUUUUCUAACCAUUGGAAUGUUUGGAAUGUACUGUGACAAUGCUCAAGUGGCUGGAAUCACAGUAACCUAUGAAGGAAUUAAACAAUUGUCUUUUAACGAAAAUACUUUAUUAUCUGAUUGCAAUUUCAACUGCUCAUGUUCAGCGAAAACGUGGGACCCAGUCUGUGGAGUGGAUGGUAUUGCAUACGUAUCUCCUUGUCUAGCUGGUUGUGCAUCAUCAAAUGGAACAGCUAGAAAUGAAAUAUUCCACAACUGCAGUUGUAUUGCAUCUCUAAAUCCACAAUCAGGAAACUUCUCUGCUGUUCUGGGGCAGUGCCCGAGGCAAGAAAAAUGCACUACAAUGAUGUAUGCAUUUCUCAUCACAUCCUUCUUCUGCUGUCUAGUUUAUGCUAUUGGAGUCAUACCAGGAUACAUGGUACUAAUCAGGAUCUUGAGCACUGAACUGAAAUCUUUUGGAGUGGGUGUACAUAUGUUAGUUUCAAGGUUAGCAGGUGGAAUCCCUUCUCCAAUGUAUUUUGGAGCAUUGAUUGAUACUACAUGUAUGAAAUGGGGAACCAGAACAUGUGGAGGUCGUGGGGCAUGUAGGAUGUAUGAUACUUCAUCAUUAAGGUUCAUCUACCUUGGUUUAACCACAGCAUUAAACACUGCAUCUCACAUCCCAUGUGUCAUCAUUAUCAUACUUUUAAACAAACAGAUUAAACAGACAAAACUAAAGUCUGCAACAAAUCCUGAAGCAGGAAAAAGACUCACUCAGGGAAACAUGGAACUCUCACAUCAAAGUGCCAACAGUGUAAAAAUAGAUUCUGAAGCAGUUAAAGUAUCCCGUUUGUAAGAAAUAAAAAAGACUGAUUUUUUUCUGAUGGUUGCUUCCCAACCAGGCCUUGAACAGCUAUUGGUCUUGGAAUGAUGAUUUUUCUACAAGUGACUGUUAAGGGCUUGAUGUGGAUAUUAUAAAGAGAAUGUGACAGUAUAUUCUGAAUGAUCUUCUACCUGCAUGAUAUUGUGUAAACAAUAAGGUAUGUUAGGUGCUGAUAGUUUAAUAUAUACCAUAUGAAGCUAUGAAUGAACACUGCUUCCUGAUCUUACCAUGGUUGAGUAACUAAGGUUUUGUACUUCUUACUUACUUUUCUUUCACCAGUUUUUCUACAGCAGAUCCUCAUAAACCUUGUUUAUAUUUUCCAUUAAUAAAAAUAAUCAUCAAGGGUAACUGUAA